AUGUAUAUAUUAUAUUUCUCUCCCUAGAUUUUGAGUUUCACAGCGAAGCUUUAAUCGGAGAGAUUGUUUCUCUCUCUAGAUUUCGCAUGUUAUCGAAAUGGAAGCAUUGAUCGAGCUCUUUGACUUGAUUGUUUAGGGCCAUGUACCUUGGAAAAAAGAUUGUUGACAUAUUUUCUUUCUUUUCUAUUUUUUUUUUCUUUGUGCCUGCUUUCUCUUUCUAGAUUUGGCAUUGGAUUGACAUGGAGGCUUUGAUCGAGCUCUGCGACUUGGUUGCACAGAACCCCGUGCAAUUCGCCGAGAAACUUGCGUGGAUGUGCGGCAGAUGCCCUCAGCCGGAGUCUCUCCUUGCCGGAUCUCCUAGGGUUUCGCGGUCUCAGCUCAAUGCAGUGCUCGCCGUCGCUAGAUUUCUUUCCAAAUGCCCUAAUCACAGCGAUCUCCGUCCCAAUUCGGUGGUGCUGGAGUUUCUCCGUUCUAUUCCGGCGUCUUUCAGUCAAUCUUUCUGGCCGCAGGCCUUCGGAAAGGACUCGAUUGCUUCGUUUUUUGGUGAAUUCUUGGGUUACGUCUCCAAGGCUUCGGAAUUGUCGUCGGAUUUUGCUGCCGACGUUUCGGGAUUCAUGGGACAGAUUGUGAUCUCAGCUGUAGUCAAUGUGAGUGGAGACUUGUCCAUUUCUACGGCUUUCUUGAGUGCUCUGUCACAGAAUUUUCCACCCAUUGUUCCUUCUGACGCCGAUAAAUUGGUUUUGUGUCUGCUCGAUCACUUUGUGAGUUACGUUCCGAAUUCGCCAAGGGAGUUUGUUUCGGCAACCCCGGAGGCUUCAUCUUCUCAGAGUUCGCCGCUCACUGCUGGUCAUCAUCAUUCUACCAGUGCAGGGAAUGAAGCGAGUAAUGUCUCUGGUUCCUCAAGAAGUGAUGGUUCGAGGAUUGCUGAUGACGCCGCCACCACUGCAUCCUCGAAGGGAUCAGUGAUGAAUGGGGUUAGUAUUGCGGGGAAGAGCAACAUUGAUCAAUUGGUUAUGAAUAUUGGGUUCAAUGAUGGAGGCGGAGGUGGAGGCGCAUCGAAAUACCGGCAACAGGUUGCUGCUUUUGAGGAGGAGUCUGUGGAGAACCUUGAGAAACAGGAAAUUGCAUUCAACUUGAUUGGGCACAUCUUGAGUAAAGUCCACAUUGAUCCCAAACUUUUGGAGCAGGUCAGAAAUAUUGCGAAGGAGCAGCUCCAAUCAAUGUCCGUUUUUCUAAAGAUAAGGAAGCGUGACUGGACAGAACAGGGGCUGCUAUUAAGAGCUAGAAUCAAUACAAAAUUGUCUGUUUUUCAAGCAGCAGCUAGGUUAAAAAUAAAAAGUCUUCGAACCCUUGACUCAGAUGGAAAGUCAUCAAAGAAGUUGUUGCAAAUGGCUCUUGCGUUGUUGAUAGAUGCUGCCGAAGCAUGUUUAGUUUCAGUCUGGCGAAAGUUGAGAGUUUGUGAAGAGCUCUUUAGUUCCUUGCUUGCAGGAAUUGCUCAAAUUGCAGUAACUCGAGGAGGCCAGCUACUACGGGUUCUUCUCAUUCGUCUUAAACCCCUUGUUCUUACUACAUGUGUGCAGGCCGACACUUGGGGCAGCAGUCAGGGAGCAAUGUUUGAGAGUGUCUUGAAGACAACCUGUGAGAUAAUUGAAUAUGGCUGGAGCAAGGACCGGUCACCUGUGGACACUUUUAUUAUGGGAUUGGCUACAAGUAUUCGUGAACGAAAUGAUUAUGAGGAAGAGGAUGGGAAAGAGAAGCAAGCAGUCCCCGUUGUGCAGCUUAAUGUUAUACGCUUGCUGGCUGAUUUGAAUGUUUCUGUUAACAAGCCUGAAGUGGUAGACAUGAUAUUGCCACUAUUUAUUGAAAGCUUGGAAGAGGGUGAUGCUUCAACUCCUGGCUUAUUGCGACUCCGGCUUCUUGAUGCUGUUUCUCGCAUGGCGAGUCUAGGCUUUGAAAAGUCCUAUCGUGAAACUGUUGUUCUGAUGACUAGAAGCUACUUGAGUAAACUUUCCAGUAUUGGAUCUGCUGAGAGUAAAACCCUGGCACCAGAAGCUAAUACAGAACGUGUUGAGACAAUUCCUGCAGGAUUUCUACUGAUUGCGAGAGGACUUGGCAGUACCAAAUUGCGGUCAGACUAUCGUCACCGCUUGCUAUCUUUGUGCUCAGAUGUAGGCUUGGCGGCAGAGUCUAAAAGUGGAAGGAGUGGAGCAGAUUUUCUUGGGCCUCUACUUCCUGCUGUUGCUGAAAUAUGUUCAGAUUUUGAUCCUACAGUAGAUGUGGAACCUUCACUUCUUAAAUUAUUCCGCAACUUGUGGUUCUACAUUGCUCUUUUUGGGUUAGCACCUCCUAUACAGAAAACUCAGGUUCCAAUGAAGUCAGUUUCCACUAUGCUGAAUAGUGUUGGGAGCAUGGGUACAAUUGCCCUUCAAGCUGUGGCUGGACCAUACAUGUGGAGUGCACAGUGGUCUUCUGCUGUUCUACGCAUUUCCCAAGGAACCCCACCCCUUGUUGUUAGCUCUGUGAAAUGGCUUGAAGAUGAGUUGGAGCUGAAUGCUCUUCAUAACCCUGGUAGUCGUCGAGCUGAAGGCAAUGAAAAAGCUGCUGUUACCCAAAAAACUGCUCUUUCGGCUGCUUUAGGAGGGCGAGUUGAGGUUGCAGUGAUGAGCUCAAUUUCAGGUGUUAAGGCAACUUAUCUGCUUGCGGUUGCUUUUCUGGAGAUUAUUCGAUUCAGCAGUAAUGGUGGAAUCCUUAAUGGUGGCACUAGUUUGACUGCUUCUAGAAGUGCUUUCAACUGUGUCUUCGAAUAUUUGAAAACUCCAAACCUUGUGCCUGCUGUCUUCCAGUGUUUGACUGCAAUUGUCCACCGGGCUUUUGAAACAGCAGUUUGGUGGCUGGAAGAUAGAAUAUCUGAGACGGGCAAUGAAGCUGAAAUUAGACAGUCUACUCUUUCUGCCCAUGCAUGUUUUCUCAUAAAAAGUUUGUCCCAGAGGGAGGAGCACAUACGGGAUAUCUCUGUCAACUUGUUGACUCAACUUAGAGAUAGGUUUCCACAGAUUUUGUGGAAUUCUUCUUGUUUGGAUUCUUUGCUGUUUUCAGUGCAUCAUGACCCAGCUUCAGCUCUUGUCAAUGAUCCUGCUUGGAUAGCUAACGUUCGUUCUUUGUACCAAAAGAUUGUUCGGGAAUGGAUCAUUAUUUCACUAUCAUAUGCUCCAUGCACUAGUCAGGGUCUUCUACAGGAAAAGCUUUGUAAAGCAAACACUUGGCAGAGAGCACAGCCCGCAACUGAUGUGGUUUCUCUUUUAUCUGAGAUAAGGAUUGGUACGGGUAAGAGUGAUAAUUGGACUGGCACACGAACUGCAAAUAUUCCUGCAGUUAUUGCUGCUGCUGCUGCUGCAUCUGGAGCAAACUUAAAAUUGACAGAUGCAUUCAACUUAGAGGUACUUAGUACUGGUAUAGUCAGUGCAACAGCUAAGUGUAACCAUGCUGGAGAAAUUGCUGGCAUGAGAAGGUUAUAUAACAGCCUUGGUGGACUUGAACCUGGCACUGCACCAACAGGCUUUGGGAUCGGUCUCAGCCUUCAAAAGUUGAGAUCUGGAGCGUCUCCUCCACAACCACCAGAAAGUGAUUCAUUUAAUGAGCUUUUGCUUACCAAAUUUGUGGGUCUACUUCAACAAUAUGUCAAUAUUGCAGAGAAAGGUUUGGAAGUGGAUAAGUCAUCAUUUCGUGAAACUUGCUCCCAGGCGACUGCUUUGCUUCUUUCAAAUCUGGGUUCAGAUUCGAAAUCAAAUGUAGAAUGCUUCUCACAACUGCUACGUCUUCUUUGUUGGUGUCCGGCUUACAUUUCUACACCUGAUGCAAUGGAGACUGGUGUUUUUAUUUGGACGUGGUUAGUUUCUGCUGCUCCUGAAUUGGGGUCUUUUAUCCUUGCUGAGCUUGUUGAUGCAUGGUUGUGGACAAUCGAUACCAAACGUGGACUCUUUGCAUCUGAUGUGAGGUUUUCUGGACCUGCCGCAAAAUUGAGGCCCCACCUUGCACCCGGGGAGCCAGAGGCGCAGCCUGAAAAGGAUCCAGUUGAACAAAUAAUUGCUCAUAAACUUUGGCUAGGUUUUUUUAUUGAUCGGUUUGAGGUGGUGCGACAUGAUAGUGUUGAGCAACUCUUACUUCUUGGUCGGAUGCUACAAGGGACCACAAAAUUUCCCUGCCACUUUUCACGGCAUCCGGCUGCUACUGGAACCUUUUUUACCCUCAUGCUUCUUGGGCUCAAGUUCUGCUCAUGCCAGUCCCAGGGUAAUCUGCAAAAUUUCAAAACUGGUCUUCAGCUGCUGGAAGACCGGAUUUAUCGGACCUCUUUAGGCUGGUUUUCUCACGAGCCUGAAUGGUUUGAUACAGGCAACGUAAACUUUGCCCUGAGUGAGGCUCAAUCUGUUUCUGUAUUUGUCCAUCAUCUUUUAAAUGAUCGAAUGGAUACUUCUCAAUCCGAUUCAAGAGGACAGGGACGUGAAAACGGGAGCUCUUUGAGUGAUUUGAAGGAUCUAUAUCACCCUGUCUGGGGCCAGAUGGAGAACUAUGCUGUCGGAAGGGAAAAGCGGAAACAAUUGCUUUUGAUGCUAUGCCAGCAUGAGGCUGAUAGGCUUGAAGUUUGGGCACAACCUUUUAACUCGAAGGAAAGUUCAUAUCGACCUAAAAUUGGCGUAGAGAAAUGGAUUGAAUAUGCCAGGACUGCCUUUUCUGUUGAUCCUCGGAUUGCUUUAUCCUUGUCCUCAAGGUUCCCAACAAAUUCUUCUUUAAAGGCAGAAGUAACCCAACUGGUUCAGUCACAUAUAUUGGAGAUCCGCUGCAUACCUGAGGCACUACCUUAUUUUGUUACACCAAAGGCCGUAGAUGAAAAUUCAGCGCUUUUGCAACAAUUGCCACACUGGGCUGCUUGUUCAAUCACGCAGGCGCUUGAGUUUCUUACCCCAUCAUAUAAGGGUCAUCCACGUGUUAUGGCUUACGUUCUUAGAGUUUUGGAGUCAUAUCCUCCUGAGCGAGUUACUUUCUUCAUGCCACAGCUAGUGCAGGCUCUGCGCUAUGACGAAGGGCGUUUAGUAGAAGGGUACUUGCUUAGAGCUGCUCAAAGAAGUGAUAUAUUUGCUCACAUUCUGAUAUGGCAUCUGCAGGGGGAGACGUUUGUACCAGAACCAGGGAAAGAUGCGGCCGUUGUAAAGAAUAGUUCGUUUCAAGAACUAUUACCCAUUGUUAGGCAACGGAUCAUUGAUGGUUUCACUUCCAAAGCCCUUGACGUGUUUCAAAGAGAAUUUGAUUUCUUUGACAAAGUCACAUCUAUAUCUGGUGUACUCUUUCCGCUUCCGAAGGAGGAAAGACGGGCUGGCAUCCGGAGGGAGUUGGAGAAAAUUGAAGUGGAAGGAGAAGAUCUUUAUCUGCCUACUGCUCCUAAUAAACUUGUCAGGGGCAUUCGGGUUGAUAGUGGAAUUCCCUUACAGUCAGCGGCUAAAGUUCCUAUUAUGAUCACGUUUAAUGUGGUGGAUAGAGAUGGGGAUCACAAUGUUACAAAGCCUCAAGCUUGCAUUUUCAAGGUUGGAGAUGAUUGUAGACAAGAUGUUCUUGCUUUACAAGUGAUUUCCCUUCUUAAGGACAUAUUUGAAGCAGUGGGACUUAAGCUCUAUUUGUUUCCUUAUGGAGUUCUCCCAACGGGCCCAGAGCGCGGGAUAAUCGAGGUUGUGCCAAAUACACGGAGCAGAAGUCAAAUGGGUGAAACCACUGAUGGUGGUUUAUAUGAGAUUUUUCAACAGGACUACGGACCUGUUGGUUCUCCCAGUUUCGAAGCUGCUCGUGAGAACUUCAUCAUUAGCAGUGCUGGAUAUGCAGUUGCCAGUCUAUUACUUCAGCCAAAGGAUAGACACAACGGGAAUCUUUUGUUUGACAAUUUGGGUAGGCUUGUACAUAUUGAUUUUGGUUUCAUCCUGGAAACUUCGCCUGGAGGAAAUAUGCGGUUUGAAAGCGCGCACUUUAAGUUGAGUCACGAGAUGACUCAAUUACUUGAUCCAUCAGGGGCGAUGAAGAGUGACACUUGGCACAAUUUUGUAAGAUUGUGUGUAAAGGGUUACCUUAAUGCUCGUCGCCAUAUGGAUGGGAUUAUUAAUACGGUGCAUUUGAUGGUAGAUAGUGGAUUACCUUGCUUCAGCAGGGGUGAUCCCAUUGGAAAUCUUCGCAAGAGAUUUCAUCCGGAGAUGAGCGAACGUGAGGCAGCCAACUUCAUGAUCCGCACGUGCACGGAUGCCUACAACAAGUGGACCACCGCUGGUUACGACUUGAUCCAAUAUUUGCAGCAGGGAAUCGAGAAGUAAAGGAACUAUUUAAGGUUGGGUUUGUCUUCAGAUGUAUAUCAUGCAUGAUUGCUUGUAAUUUUAUAGUUGUUGGUGUUUCAUACACCACAGCUGUAAUUUUUCCGAGGGAUUACCGCGAUUGUAGUGCAGAGAGGUGGUUUUGUAAAAUCGGAAAACACUGAAGAAAUGAGUUGUUUGUAGGUGAGCAGUGGGAUUCCUCGUGAGAUUUGUAAAAAUAUAGUGUGUAGGGCCAUUUAUCAAUGAAAUUCGCAUUUUGUUGCAGUGAUGCUCACUCUUCUAUUUUGUUGUAGUGAUGCUCACUCAUGUAUUUACAUCGACCUCAAAUAGUUGGAUUAAGGCAUAUUGAGUUGGGGUGGAGUUUUA